AUGGAAGUGGACGUGCCGAAGCCUGCGGUGCCGCCCAGGAGGCGCGCCUUCAUGGGCGGCAGCACGUCUUCGAACGUUUCCGCCGAGGCGCCCGUCGUGCAGGUGGAAAUGGCGGUGGUUCAUGACAGUCGACCGGUGCCGAUGCCCAGGACGAGUGUCCAGGAGAUCGUGGAUUUGACGUCCAUGGAGUCAGAGGACACGGACAAGGAGAUUUUCUUCGCCGAGAGCCGCAAGAACACGAUAAUCCAACCAGAAAUUGAGAAUCCCAAGGCGAAGCUGGACAGCAUCGCCAGUGGGCGGGAAUCUUCAGUGGCAUCCUCGGGAUUCACAGAAGUGAGAGAUGUGAGUGGAGAAGCAACUCCAGUGUCUGCAAUUUCGGAUAGUUCUUCGUCGAAGAGGCGCAAGAAGAAGACGAAGAAGCGUUCAAGAGAUCAGUAUAUAGAACUGGAGGAUAUUGAUUCGAGACCGAAGCUAGAGGAGAAGAAGGACGCCUUCAGCUAUGAAUAUAUAAUUGGGAUUUAUCUUCAUCACCUCGUUAAGUUGAAGGCGAAAUUGGGGAAAAACUCACAAAAUCCACGAGUUAAAGUAUCAUGGUUCGAUAUGGACACGGAGAAGUUGCUGAGGAAAAGUGAUCCCAACAGAAAUGUCAGUCUUCAUGGUGAACCGGACGAUUUGGACUUCAUUCAGCCGCUGAUUAGCAAGGAGAGCAGAGUGCAGAAAGCGCCAAAGUCGAAGUAUAUCUCAUGCGAAUGGGAGGAAUUGCUGAUCUUCAAUGAAGACAUUGAGCGCGUAAAGAACGGAAGAGUUGUGAUCUUCCUGGAACUCCUGGACAUCAGAAAGAAUGGAUUUGAGGGCAUUUGCUGGGCCUUUCUCAAGCCCUUUCUCGCAGAUAUGUACAACAAUAUCGAUAAGAGGAGUGAAUUGCAAUUCUUCGAGUACUACAGAUCGAGAAAAGAGGUUCUUGGGAUCUUCGAUCAGUGGAAGAAGCCCAGGAAAAAAUUCCCAGCAACGAUAGUUGUCACGCUGAAGGGAGUGAAACCAGUUGCAAUGGAAAGUGAGACUAUGAGGCCCAUGAAUGUGCUGGAAAGGGAGAAGCAACAGGAGUUCAAGGAGUCUUUUGAGAGAAGCAGCGAAGAUGCAACAGUGAAUCCAGUGGAGGAAGUCAGGAUGCAACGAAGGAAACUGCCUGGGCAGCAAUGCAAGUGCCCUAAUCAGUUGGUAAAGAGGAUCCAGGGUGGCCAGAAAGGGAGCUUUCUGGCCAAAUUCCAUCCUGAAGGCAGCAUUUUAUUGUACACAUCAGUUGAUCAGAACAAAGUUGACGUGAUUUUGGCUGAAAUUCCGACUUUAGAGACCAUUUCUUGCCUCGCUGGUCACACAUCUUCUGUGUAUGAUGUGGACUUCAGGACGUUUGAUGAGAAUGCCAACAGAAAGGAUCUCUAUCCUAUGAUCAUCUUGACAGCAUCAGCGGAUAAAACCGCGGCUAUUUGGAAUGUGAACCAACAUGGAUACAGUUUAAAGACGCUUCCUCAUCCCAGUUUCGUCUACUGCUGUCGCUUUAUCAGGAUUAACGAGGAUCGCGAGAUCAUUUUGACAGGGUGUCGAGAUUGUGUUAUUCGUCUGUGGGACUUUAACGACCCCGAAGAUUGCACUUAUUCAGACGAACUGACGAAGCACGAAGGCUUCGUCACGGCAUUCUGCGCUGGCAAGGCUCAGGGAAGCUUCUUCAGUGGCGACAGUGAAGGCGCCGUGUUGGAAUGGCAGUGGAAGCGAGACUAUUUUGAGCCACUGCGAUUUCUCACGAUCAACCCGAUCGACAGGGAAAUGAUCCACGGAUUGACUCUGCACACCAGAGGUGAGAAGCUCUUGGUUGGCACGUCGGCGAAUGCGAUCUACUGCGUGGACAUGAAAGCCAAGGUUGUGCUGCGAUCUUUCAGGAAGUCCAGCCUGGAAGAGUGCCGAUCGGCUUUCAGAUUCGCACUGACUUCGUGUGGAAACUUGCUGUUUGGCUGCUCAGAUCAUGAGAUCGCUUGUUGGAACACAAUUACUGGCGAUGAUGUUGAGAUUAAUCUUGAUUUCUCCCUUGCGCCAUCGUGCUUUAUAAGUUGCUUGGAUUUUCACCCACAUGAUUCGAUGAUUGUGCUGGGAAUUUACGGGAAUGACGGAGGAGUUUUUCUACUCGAUUAUGUGGCCAAGGAUGAGUCGUCAUCCAAAGUGCCGAUCAAGAUGCGCUUCAAGCAGAUCGGUACUGACCUGAGGCGCAAGAUUGAGGUGAAGAACAAAUUGACGGAGAUCAUCAGGAAAAUCGAUGAUGUAUUUCUGAUAUCGAAGAACUCUGCUCGACUGUCAGAUGACGAUAAGUUGCUGGAGAGGAAGCUGACGAGGAAUCGCGAGGAGAUCACAGAGUGGCUGAACAAUGUGGUCUCGGCGCGGAUUCCUUCCAGUCUCUCGCGCAGCUCCACUUAUACCAUCCACAAGGACUCUGAAGGAUCCGCUGAUGAGAGUGGCGCCACGUUCACAGUCGAGGCGCCGCCGCCAAAGCCUCCGCGGUCUAGAAUCCCGAUCAGGCGCAAGGAAAAGCCCAAGGAGGACAAUGAAGCCAAUCUCACAUUUGAAAUUGCAGUCAAAUCCGAUCCUGAAUCUGACGACACAACCAUUUCAGAGGAACUUCAUUAAGAUUGUACAGUUUUGUGAAAAUCUUAGAAUGUGGUAAAAUAUUUGCUUCACAAAAUCAUAUUUUUCAACAAAUUUUAGAUUCUAUUGCUAAGGAAUAAUCAAUUUUCUUCAUUUUAUUGCUUAUCUAGAUUAUGUAAUUUAUGUGAAAUAGAUUC